AUGAUAAGUCGCCGACGGAUUAUUUCCCGAUCACUCGAUCCGUGCGAUUAUUUGGGAGAAUAUGUGUCCCCUUAUGAAGAAGAAGAGAAAACUGUUUGGCACUCAAAGGAAGAGCUCUUUUCGGAUCAUAUCCAAGAAGUAUUCAACAAAUGGGAACAAAUAGAUGAUGAGAUUUGGGCGAAAGUGAUUUGCAUGAAUGGAAAGCGAAGGGUUGCCAAAGCCUACGCUCGGGUUCCCGUCCUUACCAUCGAUGGCACUCACGAUGGCUUCGAUGGCUAUAGAAUCGGAUUAAAUGGCUUUGAAAAUCCGUUACUUGACGUCAAGACUGAGGAAGUGAUGCGAUAUAUAGGAAAA